AGCUGUCAUAUCAGUGUUAGGACGUUAAUUUAAAGUAACAGGAUGGCUCACUUAACAAUCUGUGUUGGAUUUAUUUUUCUAGUCAUCCUUAAUUUUACACCUAUAGACGCAGAAACCCGCGUAGUACGCUCUCCACAAUUCGGAUCAUACGCUAAUUCAAAUGCACAAGCCAACGCUGGUAGCUACUAUGGCAGGCCUGGAUAUAACGGUGGUCGCUAUGAACAGCCCAGAUAUAUAGGUGGUGGUGGAUACGGCAGACCAAGAGGUCCACCUCUACCGCCACCUAGACUAGAAUAUGGAAGGGGUCCGGAAUAUGGAAGGGGUCCGGAAUAUGGAAGGGGUCCAGAAUUUGGAAGGGUUCCAGAAUAUGGAAGGGGUGAUCGGGGUAACUUGAGACGUUUAGAAGACGGCUCUGGUACCAUCAGCAUAUCGAAGAGCAUUAGUAUAAGCCGUGGAGGGGAGGGCGGCCUCUCGCAGUCAAGUGCCAACUCUGCAGCGGCGGGAAAGCGAAGAUAACUCAAGUGGAUAUGCUCGUCUUAUGUGAUACAUUGUACUCGAAAAGAGUUAAAUUACUAUUGUUUAUGAUGGUAUAAAAUUAAAAAAACAUCUUUCUUA